AUUUUGAAGAGCUCCACCGGAAGCCUCAGCGGCUACCUGACACGGACGUGUUUGUCCAGUCAGCGGUUCAGACAGACAGGCUUUAACCAGAACCAGAACCGGGACCUGAGACAUUAAUGGGCCCGCAGGGUGGCCCGCGGACCGGUUCGGUACUGACCCGGGACUGACAUGUUUGGACCUCGGUGAACUCCGUCACUGCUCGUUCGUCGAUCGCCCCGAAGAGGCGACGUCAGAUUAUCCUGUCACACCGACACCGAGCCGCCGAACACGGAGCCAUGUCGCCGGUGCCGGUGCUGCCGCUCGUCAUUAACGGCGUCAUGUCGGCUCUGGGCUGCAUGGCCACGCUGAAGCUCAUUCCCGCCUUUAAGGACCACUUCAUCUCGGCCCGGCUGUUCGGGAUGGACCUGAACAAGACCACCAAGAAGGAAGUGCCGGAGUCGCAGGGCGUGAUCAGCGGCACCGUGUUCCUCAUCAUCCUCUUCUGCUUCAUCCCGGUUCCGUUCCUCAGCUGCUUCGUGGGAGACCAGUGUACCGGCUUCCCUCACGACGAGUUCGUCCAGCUGAUCGGGGCUCUCCUCGCCAUCUGCUGCAUGAUCUUUCUGGGCUUCGCUGACGACGUGCUCAACCUUCGGUGGAGACACAAGCUGCUGCUUCCCACCAUGGCGUCUCUGCCGCUGCUCAUGGUUUACUUCACCAACUUUGGCAACACGGUCAUCGUGGUGCCCAAACCCUUCAGAGCCCUGCUCGGGCUGCACCUGGACCUGGGUAUUCUGUACUACGUCUACAUGGGGAUGCUCGCUGUGUUCUGCACCAACGCCAUCAACAUCCUCGCCGGCAUCAACGGCAUCGAGUCGGGUCAGGCGCUCUUCAUCUCCGGCUCCAUCAUCGUCUUCAACCUGCUGGAGCUUAGCGGAGAUUACCGUGACGAUCACGUGUUCUCGCUCUACUUCAUGAUCCCGUUCUUCUUCACCACGUUGGCUCUUUUUUACCACAACUGGUAUCCCUCGUCUGUGUUUGUCGGCGACACCUUCUGUUACUUUGCUGGGAUGACGUUCGCCGUCGUCGGCAUUCUGGGACACUUCAGCAAGACGAUGCUGCUCUUCUUCAUCCCUCAGGUGGUGAACUUCAUCUACUCUCUGCCUCAGCUGUUCCACAUCAUCCCCUGUCCCAGACACCGGCUGCCCAGGCUGAAUCCAGAAACAGGCAAACUGGGAAUGAGCUACUCGAAAUUCAAGAGAAAGGACCUGUCCAAGUUAGGACAGCUCAUCCUGACGGUGGCUGAAGUGUUGAAGCUGCUCGAGGUGAGCCGAGGUCAGGACGGAGACGACGAAUUCAUCGAGUGCAACAACAUGACGCUAAUAAACCUGGUGCUGAAGAUCCUCGGCCCGACUCACGAGAGAACGCUCACCACCAUCAUGCUCGCCAUACAGGUGAUGGGCAGCGCCGUGGCUUUUGGGAUCCGGUAUCAUCUGGUGCGUCUCUUCUACGACGUCUAGACGUCCCCCGAGGAGGAAGACGAGACGACUGAAGACCUGAUGAUGAUGAUGAUGAUGAUGAUGAUGAUGAAGAUGAACCGGCUCCUGUUGGACAGUCUGUGACCUCGCCGCCUCGGUUCAGUGUGUAGGACAGUUUCAGGUCUCAGACUCUGAAAAGUAUUUUCAUGCUUUGUCUUUGAAAGUGAAGAGCGGCUGAACUCUUCAUCAUCAGCAUCGGUCCACGCAGAGCGAGCGGCACCGUGACGGUGAUGAUGAAGAAACAAUCUGAAGGCUCGCAGGAAGUAGAAACACAGAGGGGACAUUAGACGACGUUAGGAGGUGGAGGAGGAGGUGGAGGUGGAGGAGGAGGUGGAGGUGGAGGAGGAGGUGGAGGUGAUAGUUUGGACCUUUGUUUUGUAUUUUUCAUCGAGGGUUCAGGGACAAUGUGAAGUCGACGGGCACUGGACGAUUUCAGGAUGUAACUGAAAUAAAAACAUUCAAAUAUCAAA